AUGACGCGCAAGGGCAUGGCCCUCUCCAUCGCCAUGGUCACACACUACUCCGGCCACGGAACCUCCGUCAGCGUCAACCACGAGUGGAAGUUCUACACCACCAGCGUCGGCAAAGCCGUGGGCAGUUGCGGUGAGACUGACGGCAAGGAAAUCGUUGCGGAUACCGAUGAGACGCCUCGUCCCGGUCCCGAUAGCAAGGCGCCGUUCCCUGGCGGUGUCUUUAAGCUGGAUAUUGAGGGUGAGGCGUGCACGUACAAGUGCGAUGGGAAUAAUCCGGGGAGGUUGUUCUGCCCGCAGAGGGAGAUUGCUUGUCGCGAGGAUUCGAAGAAAAAUAUGGAGGUUGGGGCGAUGAAGUGUGGGAGGGAUCAGUUCUUUGCUCCGACCUACAUUUACAUGGAAACAUGCAAGGUUCUAGGCCUGUUCGGUCCUUCUUACGCAUAA